UUGUGGGCGGUAAACGCAACCGGAAAUUGAACGGACUAAAUUCACGGUCACACUGCUAUUGAAGAUAAGGUUUCAAACUUGCAAGCCUUUUAACGUAGAAAUCAUAGCUGUCACACUUAGCAACAUUUCAUGUUUUUUGGGGUGAAUAUGGUAUGAGGACGAGAUGGCCGAGAAUCCUGACGAAAAUGGUCCCCCUCUUCUUCUUCCCUCUCUGCGUCUCUUCAUUCCACCACUGCGGCUUGUCUCUGCAGCCAUGUGGCAAGUGGUUCAACGAGGAGACGUUCAAGAUUAUGGGAUGCUGGAAGAGUUUGUCACCAUGGUUACAGAGAUUGUGCCAGAGCUUUUGAGUUGCAGUCAGAGGGCCCAACUCAUUCUGGGGCUUCGAGCAAGGAUGGUUCUGGAGUUGUGUCGCACUGAGCAGACAGCAGACCAAGACAUUCAGCAACACCUGGCCAGGAUCCGAAGCCUCAUAUCCACUGGGGAAGCAGAGUCAAGUGAUGCCGAGGUGGAAUUAUCUGAAUCAAAGUUUGUGGAGCUGGUUGAAUCUCUGCUGAAAGACCCAAGUGAAAGGGAGAACUUCUACCAGGACGUGUUCCCUGUGGAAUUUGGGCCCAAGUAUGACACUGCAAUACAGAUGCUGAUGUUAGAAUUCCUUUCCAGACUGGAGAAGUUACUUCCCCUACCAGACCUUGAACAGACUGCCUCCUUGUUAAGUGCUGUCCCCUCUGCCCUGGAGAAAUGUGUACAGUUUGUACCUGACCCCAUACAAUUGAGGACCCUGCUCCAGUACCACAGAAAACUUGGACAUUUGGACUCCAUCGGAACUCCAUCGUCCUUUGGUGACUACAUCCUCUCCUCUCUGUCUCUCCCUCCACAUGUACGUGUGGUGACUGCCACAGAAGUAGAUUCACUAUCAGAAUGUUUGGCUAGAGUGGAAGGAAAAGGGUUGGUGGAGGGUACAAUAGAGAACAAUGGAGGACUACUUGCACCAGAUGAAGAUCAAAGAGACUCAUUUACUGAGAAGGAGCCUGCUAUGAAUAGGAAGCCUGUAAGUGUGGAAACGGACAAUCAAGCUGUCACCGGAAUUCAUGUUCAAACCUCAAAACAAAGCAAAAGGCUGCAGAUUAAGAAAAUACGGUCAAAAGUACAAAAGCCAUGUAAAACGGAUUCUUCCGAGCGUGCAAUCCAACAGCCAUCCUCCUCCAAGGUGCACACCUCCCUGAGGAAGUCAUGCAAAAGAGGCCCAUUCAGGAAGACAUGCCCUGACUGUGGGAGGACUUUUGCUCGAGCCACGUCCUUUAGAAGGCACCAGCGAAGCCACACUCAAGAUCAUGAUUAUAGGUUUAAGUGCCUCAAAUGUGCAAUAGGCUUCAAGGAUCUUUAUGAUCUGAAGAGACACCAGCAAGGAGUUUGUGAAAAGAACCUCUCAACUUUGGUUGAUUGGGAAAAUAAAGAAGAGAUCCCACAACCCUCAACUAGCAAAUCUACGAACACAUCACCCCUUAAGACGCUAUCUCCAUCAGGUCUAACACAGAAAAGACCUCUGGACACCAAAACAUGCUCUUUGUGUAGGAGGUUUUUCACUCGUACUUCAGACAUGGCAAGGCACAUGAGAUCCCACUCAAAAGAGCAUCCAUUUUGGUGUGUAAAUUGUGAUAAGCGAUUCAAGUAUUCAUAUGAUUUGAAGAGGCACCAGAGAGAUUUGUGUAAGAAAGUGAACCAGGAAGAUUUAGGUCAGGUUGGUCAAAACUUGUCACAACAGAAGGGGAAACCGCAGCCAGAGAAAGAUGAAUCCCAAUCAAUGGGUAGCACUGGGUCUCUUGGCACUGAUGAAAACCCACAACCAUCUCACAAAGGGCUGUCCGACUCAAAAACCUGUUGUGUCUGUGGUAGGAUUUUGACUCGUACCUCAGACAUGGAAAGGCACUUGAAAUCUCACUCAAAGGAGCGUCCCUUUCAUUGUGCUAUUUGUGAGAGAAGUUUUAAGUACAAAGAUACCUUGAAGAAACAUCAGGAAAUCCUUGGCCACGAGGGCAUCCUAGAAGACUUGGGUCAGAGUGUGGACCAGCAACAAGCGGAAGUUAAAACGGAAGGUUGCAGCAGUCCUCUCACUACCAAGGAAAACGACACUGGGACCCAAAUCACAGCUGCUACUUCAGUGCCGACUCUCAAAGAACCCAAACCAUGCACUGUGUGUGGGAAGAUUUUUAACCGUGCUUCAGGAAUGGCUAUUCAUAUGAGAUCCCAUUCAGAGGAGCGUCCUUAUCAAUGUGUCAAUUGUGAGCAGCGCUUCAAGUACAUGCAUGGUUUAAAGAAACACCAGAGGGAUAUCUGUCUGAAGGUGAACCAAGAAGAAGCAUCUAAGUUGGUGGACCAGCAACAAGAGGAUGCUACUCCAGAGGAGGCUGGUGAACUGCUAGCCACUGAUGACACAAGGGCAGAAUGCAAGGAGGAGGAAAGAAAGGUGGUAUUCAAAUGUGAUGAAUGCGACACAAGGAAUUCAAAGGCUCAUCCUCCCUAA